AUAUAUCGAUUUGAUAAUUUCGCCAAAGAAAAUGUUAGCACAUCGCAACGAAUAUUUGGGAAGCUUAACCCUUUUCUCCGUCGCUCCCCAAUAAUCUUUCCCUUCCUCAUAUUGUUUGUACCUCUGUAAAGGGGAAUCGAAUCGAGAGGCAGGAGAAGAUUCUGAUGGAGGCGUACAAGCUUUGGGUUCGGAAGAACAAAGAAUUCGUUCACUCCAUCGAAUCUCUUGCCAACGGCAUCACUUGGCUUCUCCCCGAACGCUUCUCCAAUUCUGAGAUAGCACCUGAAGCAGUAUACGCAUUGUUGGGCAUAGUGAGUGCUUUGAAUCAGCAUAUUAUUGAUACCACCCCGUCCCGGUCUCGGCCUCAGGGUCAGGGACAGUUAUCAUUUCCAUGGCCUCUAUGUGUUUCUGCACUUAAAGAUUUGGAGACAGUUGUUGAAGUGGCUGCUCUGCACUUUUAUGGCGAAGAUGGCAAGUGGAAUUUCAUUGUAGUUACAGAGGCCAUGAAGGCAAUGGUUAGGUUAGCUUUGUUUCGGGAUAGUGGGUACAAAAUGCUUUUGCAAGGAGGUGAGGUUGAGAAUGUUGAGAAGAAGAGACCUAAUGUGCAGGGGCUUCAUCAUGCUCAAGGUUAUAAUGGUUUUAUGCCUCAUAAUCUCGAAGGGAGAGCUAUGUCAGCGCUGAGUAGAUUUGGGGAGAAUGCUAAAAUGGCCUUAGAUCCAAUGUGGAUGAACCGGUUCCAUAGGAAUCCCGAGACCAACGGUAUGUUGAUCAAGAAGCCCACACUUUCGAUAAUAUGGUCGCAGAGGGGACUCUAUGGCCGGUUGUUUUUGAUGGGGGAGGUGCUUUGUAUUGUGAGACCACUCCUCUAUGUUCUUCUAAUUAAAAAGUUCGGAACUAGAUCAUGGACACCUUGGUUACUUUCAUUGGCUGUGGAUCUUACUGGAAUGAGCAUUCUUUCACAUGCUACGAAUCCUAGUCAUGUGGGAGAAGAUGGGUUUUAUAAGGUUUCCAGUGCUGAGAAAGACGAGUUAAAACGCCGUAAGCUGCUAUGGGCACUUUACGUCAUGAGAGAUCCAUUCUUUACCAAGUAUACCAAGCAUCGUCUUGAGAAAACUGAUACAUAUCUCAGUCGUGUCCCAGUUAUUGGCUUCCUUACCGGCAAGCUAGUAGAGCUAGUGAUUGGAGCUCAAACACGAUAUACUUACACAUCAGGUUCCUAAGUGCCAUACAAUCUCUAGGACUUUGUUCGUCGGGCUUGGUUGGUUAAAUUUUGUCAAUUAUACCUUAAACUUUAGUUGCAAUACAUGUCACACUAUACGCAUGUAUCUCGUCCUGCAAUAAUCUUUACACGGUUUUUUCGAAUGAGCAAUGUAUGUCAGCCAGAAGCACAUCUAAGAUGUAAUUCCGAUCAAGUACGUGCAACAAGUGCUUUGACGCUUUCAAGAAAAAUUGAUCGAACAAGAUUAUGUCAGUCUGCUCUCCAGGUCAACAUCCUUCAUGACGAUUGAAAACAGAAGAUGGUAUUUAUUCUUUGUUUAUACCUUUAUGUCGCACAAAGCAUUAACUCCAUGGUGAAUAACCUCUAAGAUCACUUGCUGAGUUAAAAGCAGAGUCUUUGUGUAGUUUGGUUGACAACUUGCUUCAGAAGUUU